GGGAGAAAGAGAUGAAAAGGGCGUGAUGUUCUUCGUUUGAUCCGAGGGAGGGAGAUGGGAAGCAGCUGGUCUGAAACUGAGAGGGAGAGAAAAGAUUGACGAAAGAUUGAAUUUUUCUCACCUUCUCUCUUUCACAUCCCUUCCUCCCUCCCCCUCUUACUCUCUCUCUCUCUUGCCCCUCCUUCAAGAAACCAUCGCAGAAAGUCUCUCCUGACGAGGUCUCAAGAGUCCGUACCUCUUAGAAUUUUGAUUGGUUUUUUUCCCUUUCCUUUUUGAUUGGUUUCGCGGCGGAAGAUAUGUCAAUGCAGCCAAAGCCGAAGAGGCUUUAUCAAGUCUGGAAGGGAAGCAACAGGUUCUUCUGUGGUGGGAGACUGAUAUUUGGUCCAGAUGUUGCUUCAAUAUUUCUAACUACACUUCUAAUAGCUGGUCCAGCGAUAACAUUUUGUUACCAGAUAAUUUCAAAAAUUCUCCAUUAUGAGAAGACUGGGGUCCAGGAUGAUCAAAGUCCAGUACUUGGGCUCCCAGUACUAGUUGUGACAAUAGUCAUCUUGAUAUCGGAUUUGGUUUUUCUCUUCACAACAUCUGGUAGAGAUCCAGGUAUAGUACCAAGAAAUGCACGACCACCAGAAGCAGAUGAAGCAUUUGAUAUGGCCACUCCAUCUAUGGAAUGGAUAAGUGGAAGAACCCCACAUUUAAGAUUGCCUCGGAUAAGGGAAGUUUUUGUUGAUGGUUUUGUUGUAAAAGUAAAGUACUGUGAUACAUGCUUGCUUUAUCGCCCACCCCGUGCUUCUCAUUGUUCGAUCUGCAACAACUGUGUUCAAAAGUUCGAUCACCAUUGCCCAUGGGUUGGUCAAUGCAUUGGACUAAGAAACUACAGGUUCUUCUUCUUUUUCAUAUCGACAUCAACUAUUCUCUGCAUGUAUGUCUUCAUCUUUUCAUGGCUGAACAUUAUUGGAGAAAAGAAAAACUAUCAUAACUCCAUUUGGAAGUCCAUGACAGGCGAGGUUCUGUCGCUUGUGCUCAUUAUAUACACUUUCAUUGCAGUCUGGUUUGUUGGCGGCCUCACUGUUUUUCAUCUCUAUUUAAUUAGUACAAAUCAGACAACCUAUGAAAACUUUCGAUACCGCUUUGAUAAGAAGGAGAAUCCCUGUAAUAAGGGUGUCUUGGGAAACUUCAAAGAGUUGUUUUUCUCAAACAUCCCACCUUCAAUAAAUGACUUCCGGUCAUGGGUGCUUGAGGACACAGCAGAAAUUGGAUCCUAUACUCCAAAUAUUGUAACAGAUAUCACCAACCCAAAGGACAAGGUUGAUGUAGAAAUGGGACACAAGUCAGACAGCAAUUUGCCAAUACCAAGCAUAUUGCAGAUCUUGGAUUACGAUGCCAUUGAUGAAAAUUUAAACUGCAAGCAUAGGCAUCAGGAUGAUGUGGUUGAUCCUUUGGCUCUUCAUGUGAUUCCAGAGUCUAUAGUUCGAGAACCAGGAGAAUCUAACCAUAUCUGGGAAGGAGCAGAUAAGGAAGCAAUUAAAAUGGUUGUAGAUGACAGGGCUGACGACGGAACUUGCUCAAAUGGAAUCUCAGCUCCUAUUGAUCAUGUUAUCCAUGUACCACAGACAUGAGUGGCCAAGUGUUUCUUCCAAGACUUCAGAUACAUGCUUUAAGUUCUCAGAUCCUGAAAUGCCAGAUUUGGAUCUUGUAAAUGUGAAGUUUAUCUCCAAGAUGUGUUGCUAUAGAUCCUGAAAAAGAAAGAGAACAGAUGCAUUCCUUCCUCUUUUCAAUUAAGCUCAAAUUUUGAACUCACAUUUGUUGUACCAAGUAAGCAAAAUAUAUUGAGGUCAAAAUAAUUGAGGCACCAAAUGAGAGGGAUGAUAGAUUGCUUUAACAAUUCUCAGAGAUCUGCUGUAUUUUGUCUAUUUUGUAGAUGAGCUAGUACUGUCUGCUAAUGAGCAAGAUAACUACUGAAUCAUAAUCUCAUUUUUGGAACA